CGAGCCGAUCUAAGCCGCAACAGUUAACAGAGACGGCAGUGAGAACGGCGCCGGCCGGCAAACAAUCGCAAGUUCAAGCAAUUUAAGAGAGCGAGACUCAACCAUGGCUGGUCCACAGGUGCAGCACACUCAGCGACCCCAUAGCGCAUAUUACACGGGCCUCAACGGCAGUGGCGGCGGCAGCGGCGGCGGCGGCGGCGGUGGUGGUGGUGGUGGUGCUGCUGCUGCCGGCAUGCCUUCGAGUGCCUCACACACAGGCCUUCACGCUCUGCGGCAAGUCUCUAACGAGACAGAGCUAAUCUAUCGUGGCAGCCACAGCAAUGGCACCGUCAAUGAGAUACAUCCAACUGGCAGUCGAGGCAUCGGCAUUAUCCAACAGCAGCCGCACACAUCACGGGAGGCGCGCGCACACGCUCUCGCCCAUAGUGGCAACAUCGUGAGCAUAGCCGGACCGGGUCCGAGUGCUACAGAUGCGUUAAUUGGCACCAUUGCCACCAAUAGCGGCACCAGUUCGGCACUGGCGACGAGCAGCGGAGCCGUCAGCGGAGGUCUGAGAAAGUCAAACACGCAGCGCAGUAUCGAGAUCAUUGUGGAUGCCACACAGUGCGGCAAGAUGAGCAGCUCGGGUGGCGGUGGCGGUGGCGGGGCUGACACCGAUGCGGAUGAUGUGGAACAAGGCGGUGGACAGGAGACUAUGCGUAAAUCUUCACGACAUCGCCAUCGGCCGCUGCAUCGACGCUUGAUCAGCUAUCUACGCAGCCUCUUUCAAGGCAGCACCGCCCAAAAUGUUUUGAGGACACUUCUGUUGGCCUGGCGCUGCCUUUCCAAGCAUUCCGAACUCGAAGAAUUUGAGACACCAGCACGCUACAGGCCCGACUCGCUAAGCGCUCUAAGUCGCGCCACCCGCUUCACAGAGGACGAAAUCAAACGAAUUUAUCGCGGUUUUAAGGCUGAAUGUCCCACGGGCGUCGUCAAGGAGGACACCUUCAAAGUGAUCUACUCGCAGUUCUUUCCACAGGGAGCCAAUCCAACUUUAUACGCACAUUAUGUAUUCAACACACUGGAUCAGGAUCACAGCGGCAUUGUCAGUUUUGAGGAUUUCGUUCAAGGACUUUCGAUAUUGUCGCGCGGUUCGGUGGAGGAGAAGCUGCGUUGGACCUUCUCGUUGUACGACAUCAACGGCGAUGGCUUCAUUACGAGGGAAGAAAUGACUGACAUUGUGACUGCCAUAUACGAGCUGAUGGGCCGCCUUCCCGACGAGUGUCCCGAGGAGGAGAAGAUCAAGGGAAAAGUGGAGCAAAUCUUUCAGAAAAUGGACAUUAACCGGGAUGGCGUUGUCACGCUCGAGGAAUUCUUGGAGGCGUGCCGCAACGAUGAGGCCAUCUCGAGAUCGAUGUCCGUCUUCGAUACAGCAUUCUGACCAUAUCCGACCGACAAGGGCGACGAGUACACAGCAAGAAAGCGGCGCACGACGAGCAGCAGGAAUCAGCGCAGUCAGCGUCAUGGGCACAGUCGCAGCCGCAGUCAGCAGCAACAACUACAGCAACAACAACCACAG